CCAUUGUGUCAUUUCUGUAUUACGGUCUGAACGAUCCGUUGAGAGAUGUGUUAAAACACCACGAUUGUUUGGACCAGAACAGUUGUUGGUUGUGUGAGUUAUUGUACACAUUUGAGAACUUGGAUCAGUCCCGAGCAGAGGGUCGUGGACAGCCGAUCAGCAUUGCUGGGUUAAUGGGUAGCUUGUUGGAGGUGCAGCCGAUGUGUUCGGUGGCGGCAAGCUUGUUGGAGGGUAGUAGUGAUGGAGACUUACAGCGUGAUGCGCCACAUGGUUUGGUGAGUCGGAAGCUGUACAGGAGAAGUGCGCGGAAUGCGACCCCAUUAUUAGCUGAGGCGUACAAGAAUGAUGUAGUUCAAAUAUUCCAUCCACCAGACCCCGGCUAUCGUAUGGACCCCGGAUAUCGACUAGAACCUGGUUACAGAUUGGAUCCCGCUUGUUAUCAGAUAUCGACCGGACAUCGACAUGACCCCGGAUAUCGACAGGACCCCGGAUACCCCGUACAACGGUAUCAAAUAAACCCCGGAUACCGUUCCGAUACAGUCACAGAACCCUCACUCACCAAACCAAGCCCCAACCAUGGAGCCAACGGCGACGGAGAGUACUCCAUACUCCGAAAUGAAUCCCAUCCAGGAGCGCAAAACCGACUACGCAGCGACGCACCACCCUUUAGACGUUACAGCGAAACAAGUCAAGAUACAGAACAACCUAUUGGAGGGGAGCCAGUUCAGGACGGAACAGUGCAGAAUGAUAAGGACCCAGCCCCGGAAGGUGUAGCUUCGGAAAAGAAGCCAGACCGAGCAUGGGAGGCAGAUCCAGCAAAGGAAGCUGACAACGACCGCGACGACGUUGAGGACUCCGACCUCGAAGAUGCGGAUAGACUGGGCCUUGAAGACACUGACCGAGAUGAGAAUACGGAUCGAGAUGAGAAUACGGAUCGAGAUGAAAAUACGGAUCGAGAUGAGAAUACGGAUCGAGAUGAGGAUACAGAUCGAGAUGAGGAUACAGAUCGAGAUGAGGAUACAGAUCGAGAUGAGGAUACAGAUCGAGAUGACGGGGGGCAACAGACUGCUGUUGGACAUGCCCUGGAUGGGUCAGCUGCAGGGCCAGCUGCUGAUCGACUAGAUGUGAAACCGCAGGACCCGCCACGCCAGACGAGCGAGGAAACCUUCAGGGCCAACGCGGAGACUUUCCGUCCGGGGGCCGCGGCCCACGGAACAGGGGCUUACGGUGGGUCGGCUUACAGCGGCGGGUCGGCUUAUGGCGGAGGGCCGGCUUAUAGCGGAGGGCCGGCUUAUAGCGGAGGGCCGGCUUAUGGCGGAGGGCCGGCUUAUGGCGGAGGGCCGGCUUAUGGCGGAGGGCCGGCUUAUGGCGUAGGGCCAACGUUUUCGGCGAAUACUUUUCGUGCAAAUGCGGAGACCUUCCGACCGAGCGGUGAGGCGUAUUUCCGUCGCGGUCCGAGGGAGGCGAAGCGAGGGAAUGAGGCGGUGCCAAGUACGAUGCUGCCGGCAAUGAAUAUGGCGGCUUUCGAUCCUUAUCAUCCAGGUAGCGGCUACCGUACGGCAUACCCCGGUGGCGGCGGCUACGUGGCUACCAGCGGGCCUGCUACCCUCUACUCCGGCUCUGCAGCGGGCGGGACAGCGUACCGUUACGG